AUGGCAGGAGAACCGAAGUCAUUCCUUGGACUUGAAGGACUGCACGUCUUUCUCACGGGCGCUGCGGGAGGAAUUGGAAGUGCUGCAGUGAAAGAAUUCCUGGAUCUGGGAUGCCGCGUUACGACGUUUGAUCGCCGACCAUUGGAUGCGUCCAAGAUAUGCUCCACACCGGAGCAGUCAUCUAGGCUCUUUUCCACCCAGGGCGACCUUACAAUCGAGUCUUCCAUUAGCGAAGCAUUCGAUGCAGCGACAAAGAAAUUUGGCCCCGCAAAUAUCCUGAUUGCCAAUGCUGGGAUCACCGACGAGAGUGCGCAUCCUCCAAUCUGGGAGAUAGAAACAAGUCUGUGGGACAAAGUCAAUGGCAAUAAUGUCAGAGGCACGUUUCUGACCGUGAAGCACUUCCUGCUGUCUGUGAAAAAGGCACAGGAAGCUCAAGGUGCCGAGCUCGAUAAUGUGGCUCUUGUCAUCACGGGUUCCGAGACGGGGAAGUUUGGCCAGGAAGGACACGCAGAGUACGCCUCUGGCAAAGCAGGUUUGCAAUAUGGCCUCGUGCGCACGGUCAAGAACGAGAUCGUGCGGUUGAACUCUAAGGCUCGGAUCAAUGCAGUUGCUCCUGGAUGGGUGAACACGGCCUUGAUUGGCGACCGUCUGGAUGAUCCCAAGGAGAUGUGGGCAGAAUGCCAGGCCACAGUGGCCCUGAAGAAGAUUGCACAACCCGAAGACGUCGCGCGGGCAAUGGCGUUUCUAGCGAGCCACCGAGCUGCCGGUCACAUCUCUGGAGAAUGUAUCUCAGUCGAUGGUGGUAUGGAAGGCCGAAUCAUCUGGAGAGAAGACCAGAUUCUAGGGACCGCGUCAAAGCCCAGCACCACCGAAGGUGUCUCACGCAGUACAGUGAUCCCUGCAUCUCUCAGCCCUCCCAGAAGGAAGAGGCGCCUAAGAAUCUGCCUGUCUGUCGACUUCGAUGCGAUCUCGGGGUAUCUAGGAACUGGACACGACCCGGCCAAUACCUUGUCAGACUACUCCGCUGGCAUCUUCAGCGCAAACGUGGGAGUAGGCAGAUUGCUGCGGUUGUUCAAAAAGCACGGAAUCGCCGACAAGUUGACUUGGUUCAUCCCUGGCCACAGUCUGGAAACAUUUCCUGCGCAAGCGCGCGACGUCGUUGACAGUGGUGCAGAGAUUGGACUCCACGGAUACAGCCAUGAAGGCGCCUAUGCAAUGACUGUGCAGCAAGAGAAGGACGUCCUGGAGAAGUGCAUCGACCUGGUCACCAAGUUGAAGGGUGGGAAGACGCCUACAGGAUACAGGGCUCCCUUGUAUCAAAUCCGCGAAACCACCGUCCAGCUUCUACAGGACCACGGCUUUCUGUACGAUAGCAGCAUGAACGCACACGAUUCGCUCCCUUACUUCCUGCCGAAUCCCUUCCCAGGACAGCCACCGCAUGUGCCGGACUACUCCAAGGAUGCUGGCAGCUGGAUGAUCCCGACACCCAUACCGGAGCAGCCAGCACUCGGUACUGCGGAAGCUGAGAAGGCUCUUGUGGAAAUUCCGGGAAGCUGGUAUACCGAAGACAUGACCCCUCUCGGAUUCUAUCCCUACUCGGCUAACACGCAAGGUUACGUCGGCGUGGAUCUUGUGGAGAAGAUGUGGAUGGAUCGAUUUGAAUGGCUGUGGGAGAAUGAAAGCUGGCUUGAUGAAGAGCCUGGUAAAGGCUAUGGUUCUGUCUACCCGAUGAUCUGGCAUCCGGAAAGCUCAGGCAGGGCGCAUAUUGUCGGGAUGAUAGAUCGAUUUAUCGCUAGGCUGGUCGCUAGAAGGGAUGCGGCGGAAGAGGGCGAGAUCACGUUCGAAACAAUGGAUAGCGUGGCUAGAAGCUGGAAAGACCAUCGAUGA